CAAUCUAAUCACUUCGAUAGCUAUGCACUAAUCGCCAUAUAUGCUGAGUAGGUACAUUCUGCCACAGAAUACGAUAACAGCACCACCGAUCACGGAUACUUUAUCACCGAAAUAUCAAUAUUUUAUCACUAAAUAUUAUUUUAAUUACAUUCUUAAUCAGAACUAAUUAAUCUUCCUUUUAAUACGCGGACGAUAUGCUCGCCGUUUUAGUUUACACAUAUCAGUAACGUAAUGAAUGGGAAUAUUAUAAUAUUAGCAAUAUGUGUUUCUGUUUUUUAUGUGGUUUGUGUGCACUGUGAACGGAGGAAGCUUCUGGAACCAGAAAUUGAAGCGUUUGAUAAAGAUAAUGUGGGGAAAUUCUUAGGCAACCAUCCUAACAUGGUUGGUCAGUCCAAUGAGGCGGCACGACGAGUGGCUUCCACUGUUCAUCAGACUGUCAACAGAUAUUACUGCUCCUUGGACUCCAUCAUUGAAGGCAGUCAUUUGAUGGUGUAUGGCUCGAGCGGCUGGACGUUUCCCGUGCAGGAUGUGAACCUUACACUCAGGUACCCACCGGAUGAUAAAGAGGCAAUCUUACACGAAGACGAUGAAGAGUACAUUGUAACUGGUUUCAAAGUAAUCCUGUAUAUAGACGGACCCUCGAGUGAGGGGUACAUCAUGGAAGGCGGUGUUUUACAGGACACAAUAACAUUGUCGUUUGUUAGCAGUAAGCUCACCUCACUAAGUUACGAGUUCUGGCUGUACGGAGCUAGGAAGGAUACGCCCGGCCUAACACUAAACUCACACUAUCGUCUGUGUUAAUAAAAUGGUUGCUGUUUAUUAAUCCAAAUAGGUUCUUUAACUACGCAAUCCUAACAUCUUUGGCGUAUGGGCUUUGGGAACUGGGUAUAGAGAGUAGGCCCAAGUUCCUUGUUCCGUUUGUUAGUGACUGUACUCGCCUCUUUUCGAGGACACGAGAAAAUGGGACAGUUUGGAAGUCUGAAGGUUUAAAGAGUAUCAAAUAAAAGUUUUGUUUUACACAUGUUA